CCGCCGCCGGGGGCAAUGGAGGGACCAUCAGCAUCCGGCCGCGGCCUCAAGAGGUUGCGCGGCACCGUGACCCUCUCGCUCAAGACGCCGGGGGAACAACCCGCCGCGGCCUCCUCGCCGGUGGGCGAGGAGGAGGAGCAGCAGCCGGCCGCGGCGUGCGGGGCGACGAUGAUGCGCGGGCCCGUGCAGACCGGCAAGAAGGCGGCGUCCGAGGGGUGCCGGGCCAUCGCCGACAUGGCGGCCCGGCUCGGGGUCGCGCCCGGGGUGCGGGACCGCGCCCUGGAGAUGUUCCGCCGGAUGGAGGAGGUCAAGGGCCGUGCGCACCACUACUACACCAAGGGCGCCGGCAGGAGCGGCGACGCGCUCUACGCCGCGUGCCUCUACCUGGCGUGCCGCUCCGCGGGGGCGCCGCGGACGUUCAAGGAGCUCGCGGCGGCGACGCGUGACGGCGCGGCGGCGAGGAAGGACAUCGGCAGGCUCAUCACGCUCAUCAGGACGCGACUCGGGGACGAGGCCGGCGGGGAGGCCAUGGACAUCGGCGUCGUGCGCGCCGCCGACUACAUGGAGCGCUUCGGCUCGAUGCUCGGGAUGGGGGAGGGCGAGGUGCGCGCCGUGCAGGAGGCGGCGCGGAGGAUGCAGGACCACCUCGACGUGCGCCACAACCCGGACUCCACCGCCGCCGCCAUCAUCUACAUGGCCAUGGAGCGCCGCUCUCCCGGCGCCGGGACCAGAAAGUCCAUCCGGGACGUCUCCGUGGCCACCGGUGUCGCCGACAACACCAUCAAGCAGGCGUACAGGGAACUCUACCAGCACGCCCACCUGCUCUUCGACUGAUUGGAUUGUUGUGUUCCUUGUAAACAUUGCCUUGUACGUACCUAGCAGUAUGGAUCAUUCAUCCCUUUCGUGAUAGCUGAUCUGUCAAUUUAGUUAUGUUCUUUUUAGUAGCCGAACAUGGAAAUCACCUUUGUUCGUAGGUUCAACCGUUGUCAAAUAUUCACUGAUACAA